AUGUUCCAGUACGGCAGUAGGGCUUUCCACAUUGAACAAUCACGCAAUCAGCACAACGAGAAGGAUUUGAGCACUGGUUGGGAAGGAACGCGCGCAACAAGCAAAAGGGGCUUGAUCUGGAUAGGUGCUGUUGACAAGAUGCGGACUACUACAGAGGGCUACGGUAUGGUUGGAUGGGUUUUGCUUGUACCGCUUAGGGAUCGGAGUGUGGGAAGAGGCUACCGCCUCUCAGAUGGGGCGUACGCAAUCUCCGGUUCCCUACAUAUGCACAUGCACAGACUUCUCCCCUCCCUCCCAUCCGAUCUCUCCCUCCCUCUCGUCCUCAUUUCCCUCGCUUCCCAUAGUCCCUCAGGUGAUGGCCCCCACCGGGAUACCCUAUCGCGCAGAGACGGGAAGGAGAGCGGGAAUCUGGUCUAG